GCCCCUCUGUGCUUUCUCUUUCUCCUUCACUCUGCCCUAUUGCGUGAGACCCAGACCGCUCUGAAACUCCGUGCAUCGCCCUGCAAACAAGAGUCAUGUCAGACAAAGGAGGAGAGAAGGCGAGACUGGUGAGGAAGGAGGAAGCGAGUCCAGCAUCACAGGCCAUUCAGAACAAAGGAGCUCCCUGUGCACCAUGUUGCCACAAGGUCGCCAUGGCGGUUCCUCCUGCAUACUCGGACCUGGGAAAAGCCGCCAAAGACAUCUUCGGCAAGGGCUAUGGCUUUGGAAUCGUGAAACUGGACCUAAAGACAAAGGCCCAGAGUGGAGUUGAAUUUUCAACCUCAGGCUCCAGUAACACAGACACAGGGAAGGCAGCAGGUAACCUGGAGACCAAGUACAAGGUGAAGGAGCUGGGCCUGAGCUUCACCCAGAAAUGGAACACAGACAACACCCUGACCACAGAGGUCUCCAUGGAGGACCAGCUGGCUAAGGGCUUGAAGCUGGCCCUGGACACGUCGUUUGUGCCCAACACUGGUAAGAAGAGUGCCAAGCUGAGGACUGGCUACAAACGCGACUUCAUCAACUUGGGCUGUGACCUGGACUUUGACAUGGCCAGCCCCACGGUCCACGCUGCUGCUGUGCUGGGCUACGAGGGCUGGCUGGCCGGGUACCAGAUGGCCUUCGACACAGCCAAGUCUAAACUGGCCCAGAACAACUUUGCCUUGGGAUACAAGACUGGGGACUUCCAGCUCCACACCAACGUUAACGAUGGUACAGAGUUUGGCGGCUCCAUCUACCAGAAGGUGAACUGCCACCUGGAAACAGCCAUCAACCUGGCCUGGACGGCCGGCAGCAACAACACACGCUUCGGCAUCGGAGCCAAAUACCAGCUGGACAAGGACGCUUCCCUGUCUGCCAAAGUCAAUAACGCCAGUCUAAUUGGAGUCGGCUACACACAGGCCCUCCGGCCAGGAGUGAAGCUGACUCUCUCAGCUCUGAUCGAUGCGAAAAACUUCAAUGCAGGCGGUCACAAGGUUGGCAUGGGCUUUGAGCUGGAGGCAUAAGGAUGGAGGGAAGAGGAGGAGAAGGGGAUGAGAGAAGAGAAGGAAAAGAGCCUCAAUGACACCUGACACAUCUCCACCUCUGUAUGCCACACACACACCUUCCGAGUCUUUUGGCCAUAACCCUGCAGCCCUUAGCACCCUCUGAGACCUCCAGUACUGUUGAGAACCCAGUUGUUUUUUUGGUUCAGCAUCUCUCUGUAUCAUCUCCUUAGCAAUACCAGUACGUAAAGAAACAUUACAAACCCCAUUCACCAGAUAGUAUACUACUUAUGACUACUUCAUAUAGGGCUCUGGUCCAAAGUGGUGUAAUAUAUGGAGAAUAUGGUCACAAGUCAACCUUGUGUUCCACUUCCUGGAUAAGAGCGUCUGCUAGAUGACUUAAAUGUAAAUGUAACUUCCUCCCCAAAAGCAGACAUUUCUCCUUUUCUUUGUGAGAUGGGAUCGUAAGCAUCUUUUUAGUAGGGUUUUAUUGUGUGGUAUAAUUUCACUUUGCCUGAGAUCAUGUAUUUAAUUUACUUUUGACUUGAAUUAGAUUGACAGUAGACUUUGUCUAUGCGUGGUACAUUCUAUCGAGUCUAUCAAAGCCAGUAGGGAGUUGUUUUGAAGGAACAACUUAUUUAAACAUGUCAUGAUGUUCCCCUGUACCAGACAUAUAUAGACCUUUACAGGCCUUUCUGUGGGCGGAUGAUCACUUUCAGCGACACAUAAACAGGGACACAAUGAUACGAGCAUACUGGAAUAAAAUGGGUAGUUUAAAACUCUAUUAAAAAUAGGCGACUGGUUGAUUUUCUUUUUCCAAAUUCUCUUCUUGUGGUUCAGAGUUUUGAGAAGACAGAGGAAUGUGCGGGUAUUUUCCAAACCUCUUUGUCAUGUUUCUUUUUUGUCUUUUCAUCUUUGAAUUCUAUCUACCACAUUAUGUAAUGUUGUGUCUGUGCUGUGCUUGGAAGAGGGAAGGUUGUUGAUAGUUGAAACCUCAAACUGACUUUAAGGAAUAAAGAAGAUUGUCAAACA